CCUGGCGGUGGUGGUGGUGGUGGUGGGCGUGGCGGAGGGGGCGCCCGUGGAGGGGAGGAUGCUGGGGUGGGGGAGUGGGGGGGAGGGGAUUCUGGAUUGGAUGUUCUCUAGUCGUCUCGGCGAGCCAUCUUCAAAACUCGUAGAAGAAGGAAGAAGAAGGAAGGACAAGGAUGAAGAGGUCUUAAAACAGAAGAGUCAAGGGAAGAGGACUAAAUAUGGAGGAGGAGGAGGAGGAGGAGGAAGUGCCCACGGAGGAGGAGGAGGAGGAGGAAGUGCCUAUGGAGGAGGAGGAGGAGGAGGAGCAGGACUCUCUGUUCAAGGAGGAGCUAACGUGAACUUCGCUGGUCAUUUGCCAGCACCCCCGACCUCUGUCCCCGGCGUGCCUCUAUACGUGGGCGAUGUUUACGUGGGGCCUAAACCAAUCACUACUCAACCAGAAGAAGGAGGUGGUAGUUUAUUCCCCUGGCUACCCUUCCUCGGCCUCUCUCAUGACUCCUCCUUCAGCGUUAACACCGGGGGAAUUUCCGGCGGUGGCACUGACUCGGCCCACGGUGGUCACGGCGACUAUGGGCCUCCUGAAGGAUAUUCUCACAAGCCUUCCCAAACUGAAGUGAUGGUGUUCAGUUAUCCUUCCUUCGUCACGUCUUUUGGAAGAGCUGUGAGCUUGGUAACGAAGGGAUUAAGGAGGAUCGGAGAGAAUUUAGGUGACCGCCUGAGCAACACCUUUGAUUUCUCUGGCGUUCCUGAUAUCCUUGGGCAGAGCGUUAAGGCCGUUCUUCCCAUAGAGAAUGUGGAUGAAAAGUUCCCUAAUAUAAUUGCUGAUAAACCGUCGAGUUCAGUGACAACAGGAGGAUCAGGAGGAGGAUCGAUUUCAGCGCCUUCAAUAAGUUCCAGUACUUCUCUAAGCCACAGUGGACCCCUUUCGACCUCCUCCGUUUCUCACUCCGGAUCCUUUUCGCCCGUGGGAAUCGAUUCAAAUCUUCAUCUGAGCUCUAAUCUCAAUUCGAAUUUCCUACAAGGGCUCCAGCAGGGGAUCAACACGGGUCUAAAGGGGAUCAACCAAGGGAUCAACACUCUUAGUAAUAUUCCAUCCACUAUUGCAGACAGUUUGAGUAAUCUGAACUAUAAUCUGCCGCCUUUGGAUCUAGGAAGUCUGUCUCAUCAAAGUAGCUUCAAUAUUGGCGGGUUAGGUGGUGGUGGUGGUGGAGGAUCCAAGCCUAAUGACCCCCAAGCUAACUACCACCAACCCCCAAAGUGCUGCUAGCGAUCUAAGCCUCUUUGAAGUAGAUCUUAAGGCUCUUUUCUUGCUUUUUUCUAAGCUGUGUCUCACCCUUACUGCUUUCCAAGGGUGUUUUUAAGGUUCUAGAGGCAGAGUGAAGAUUUCUGCAUUAUUAACUGGAGAAACACUCUUUUAAAAGGCUCUAGUUGAAGUAAUAAGGGUUUUUAAGGGUGUUUUUAAGGUUCUAG